AUGCCCAACCCCAAAGGACCUCCGCAGAAAGAAGCGGUGGUGUUCAUCUUGGACUCGUUUCCCACCAUGAAUGAACCUCACCCAGUCGUCAAGGGAAACAACAAUGCUACAGCUGCUCAUGACAAUAAUAGUCGAUUGGAUUGCGCCAAACGAGCUUUAGAGGGGAUGCUCUUUGACAUGAUGAUCAAUGCCUACGGGGGAAGUCUCGUCACUGUCAUUGUCACCAAGACACUCGACACACAGAAUCAUUUGGUAUACGACAAUGACGACAAUGACAAUGACAAUAAUCAACCAUUUUCCAAUUUGACCGAACUCCACGAACCACCUCUCGACAAACCCCACAGUAUGGAAUACAUGUAUCCACCUACGUCGGAAUUGAUUCGCAAACUAUGGGAUGUUCAACCCACACCUUAUUUAGACGCAGCUUUAAAUUUGAGAGGAGACAUUUGCGAUGCCAUUUGUCUCGCGGCGGAUUGUCUCUACCAUGCCACCGUCUCGCCGAAAACCAAACAACCCAAACGAUUUCGACGCAAAAUUGUUCUACUCACGGAUGCUGGACAUCCCAUUGUCUUGGAUCAAUCUCAAAUAUUACACAUUAUUGAUGCCCUACGACAAAUGGAUGAAACGCCCAUUCAUGUGCUGGGAUUGGGGUUUGGACAACCCACGGUAGAAUUCGAUGUACCGCUGGAUGCAAGUGCUGCCAUCAAGCAAGAAGAGGAACAAGACUCUCCAAACAACAAACGAAUCAAAUCGGAACAAGAGGAACCCAUGCCCGAUGAACCACCCUCCAGUCAAAACAAUGACAACAACAAUGACAACAAUGACAAUGAUACACCCACAUUUUACAAUACACUCGACGAUCGAGAACGCCUCCUGGCGAGUUUGACCAAAAUGACCGGCGGAAGUGUCGUCAAUAUUGCCACCAUGCAAGAAUUGUUGGAUGCCAAGGCGGGAAAACGAAUUGCCAAGGCAGCACCCAAACAAGUGCAGCUACAUGUUGGGCCUGGAUUGACACUGCAGGUCCGUUCACUUCGACUACUCAAUCAAGAAUCUAGUCCCAAAAUCAUUGAACGAGCCGUCAAAGUAGGACCGGAUGGAGUCACUCCUCUCCUUAUUGAUACGAAUAGUGGAGAGGAAGAAGAAGAGACGGAAUUUCUGAAAACCAUUCGGGGCAAUUACUUUGAAAAGAUUGCUCCUCCUGAAGAUGGUGAUGACAACAAUAACAACAACGCCGACGAUAAAAAGGAUCCAGAGACGGGAGCAGAAGAAGACAACCUUGUAGAGAUCGACAAGGAAGAUCUCAUUAAUGCGAUUCCCUACGGCAAGGAUUUGAUACCGUAUCCCGAUGUGGUCAAGUUGGGGCUCAAGUUUGAAGAAGAUUGUGGCUACGAAGAUGAGACAUUUGACAUGGCCAAACCGUACAUUCACAUCAUUGGCUAUAUUCGGCAAAACGAAAUCCCUCCGCGCUUCUGGGUGGGCCCUCCCUAUGCCAUUUCGGGUUGGCACUCACGCAAAGCAUGCUAUCUGGUGGCGGCCAUGGCACAGUCGCUGCAAACCGAAAACAUGGCGGCAUUGUGUGCGUUCAAGGCUUCGUCCACGGGGAGUCCAUCCUUGGCCUGCUUGCUGCCAUUCAUAGAAUCGUCAGAGUCGUCGUCCUCGGAACCAAGCAACCACAAGCCAACGCGCAUGUUACUGUUCAAACUUCCCUUUGAGCACGAUCUUGCCAACUACCAAAUGCCAUCGUUCGAGCCCUUUUUGGGUAGUCCAGAUAUUGAUGAUGAAUCCAACGAAAACAGCUACAGCAACAACAACAACAACAACAAGAGCCAAUCUUCCAAGAAGCAAAAGAAGCAAGAAAAGGCAUGCGAGGAACUCAUUGAUGCAAUGAUGCUCCCAGACGAUGUGCUCGCCAGUGACAAGAUUGCCUCUCCGUAUCAGACUUCCUUUUUCAAAACCAUUCUCCAGCGGGCGGUUCGAAAAAACAAGGAUGAACUGGUGUUCGUACGCAAGAAUGAUCCCAACCAUCCCAUGACACUUCCCGCGGAUAUCCUGGAGCGUGCCAUGCCAGCAUUGGAGCAGUUCCAUCAAACGUUUCCUAUGAAGAAGAAAAAGGUGCUCAAGGGUGGUCGUGGAAGAGAAAAGAGCACACGUCCCACGUACAAGGACUAUCUCGACGAGGAGGGGAACUGA